CAAGACGUCACGGAUUUUAAGGAAAUAUGAGCGCUGCACACACACAGCUAAAAGUCGUCCGCUUUAACAGCAUAAUUACACAGUAUUUUGGAGAUCUGUGUUGCUGAAUCUUUUGCAUUUUUUUCAAUUAAUAUUGGAGAAGUCAUAGUAGAAAGAUGGAGUUGGGAAACUUUAGCUUUUAGCCACACAAACACACAGUGAUUCCUUGUUUAAAAUUCCCGGAGGUAAAACUUUACUACGGAUCACAACGGUCAAGCGAACAUGGAUCCCGACCGAAUGUCAACCAGCAGGUUUUGCUGCUGUCGACUCCCCUGAGACACUGCGCGUCAACACACCCGUGGACGUACAUCUCCGACUAUCAGCUAGCUAGCUGCUAAGCUAACGAGGCUAGCGGAGAAAGGCAGCGCCGGUCUGAAGGACGCUUCUCCCCCGCCACCGUGACCACCACUUCCCGAAGACAGCUGGCACCCCACUCGGCGACGGAAAGUUUCUGUGAGUAUGGCUUCCUGCGCUUCGUGCACUUUACUCAUGGAUAGGUUGGCUUUGCUAGAGAGCCGUGUCCGCCAGUUAGAGCAGUGUAAUUUCGUAACUUUAGAUGUUGCGGACACAUCUGCUAGCGUUAGCUGUAGCGAGCUAACUAGCCCAGCUUGUAGCAGCCCUAAUCGGCCUACAAGCUACGGUGUACCGGUUGAGACGCAUAAUAGAUUUAGCCCUUUAGCUAGUCCUACACCCCAGUCUACCGGGCACCACACUUUAGUCAUAGGGGACUCCAUCACCCGAAACAUAAAGCUUAGCAAACCAGCCACAAUUAAGUGUAUUCCUGGGGGCAGAGCACCUGACAUUGAAGCUAAUCUUAGGGAGCUAACUCGCAACAGGUCUAGUAAACACGUACGGCAGGCUAACCGCACCACUAGUUAUGCGAAUAUAGUAAUACACGUUGGCUCCAAUGACGUUAGGAUGAGACAAUCAGAGAUUACAAAGAGAAACAUAGCCAGGGCUUGUAAUCUCGCCAGAAAGAUGUCCAGGCAUCGAGUAAUUGUCUCUGGCCCCCUGCCUGGGAGAGGCAAUGAUGAGAGAUAUAGCAGAUUAGUCUCUCUUAACAGGUGGCUGGAUAGCUUCUGCAGAAAACAGGGAUUUACGUUUAUUGAUAAUUGGCCCUCUUUCUGGGGCAAACCUGGCUUGCUGAGGAGAGACGGCCUUCACCCUAACCAGGAAGGCGCUAUCCUCUUGUCUCGGAACAUAGACUUCGCAUUGAGCCACAUUUGACUAACUGCACUAGAGCAAGCCCGGUCACAGGCAAUUACAGAGCCUGCAAGCCUGGGUAUGGAGUCAGUUAAGUUAGAACUAGCCAGCGCCAGGCUGGAUGAUCCCUGUACACAGCAAUUUUCGUAGAAUAAUACACAACUCACAAAAUGUUUUUUCUAUUGUGUCUAUGACUACGUCAGAGUUAGACAUGCGUUCUACUGAGGUGGCAAAUUAUGAUGCGUUCAGUUUAUCGCAGCGCCAAGUAGACAAUCUGAAAAUUCCCGUCAUAUCAAUUCCUAGAUAUGGUCGUAAUUAUUUUAAGUACACUGCGCAUAAUAAACGCAACAUUAUUAAUAUUGCUACUACGGAUAAUUUUAUCAACAACUCCUUAAAACAGCCCACUACCUAUAAUAUGGGCUUUCUAAACAUCAGAUCUUUGUCUCCCAAAACGUUAUUAGUCAAUGAGGUCAUUAGAGACAACAACCUUAACGUCAUCGGUCUUAGCGAAACCUGGCUUAAACCAGACGACUUUUUUGCGAUAAAUGAGGCAUCCCCUCCUAACUAUACGAAUGCGCAUAUUGCCCGUCACCUCAAAAGGGGAGGGGGUGUCGCACUAAUAUACAACGAAAACUUUAACUUUAGUCCUAACUUAAAUAAUAAAUAUAAAUCGUUUGAGGUGCUUUCUAUGAAGUCUGCCACACCUCUGCCUCUGUGCCUGGCCGUUAUCUACCGCCCCCCAGGGCCCUAUUCGGACUUUAUUAGUGAAUUCUCAGAGUUUGUUGCUGAUCUAGUGACGCACGCCGAUAAUAUAAUUAUAAUGGGGGACUUUAAUAUCCAUAUGAAUACCCCAUUGGACCCACCGUGCGUGGCGCUCCAGACUAUAAUUGAUAGCUGUGGUCUUACACAAAUAAUAAAUGAACCGACGCAUCGCAGCGGUAAUACGAUAGACCUAGUGCUUGUCAGAGGUAUCACCGUCUCCAAAGUUAUGAUACUCCCGUAUACUAAAGUAAUGUCCGAUCAUUACCUUAUAAAAUUCGAAAUUCAGACUCAUGUUCGGCAAGCUAAUAAUAAUAAUAACUGCUAUAGCAGCCGCAACAUUAAUGCUGCCACAACGACGACUCUUGCGGACCUACUGCCCUCGGUAAUGGCACCGUUCCCAAAGUAUGUGGGCUCUAUUGAUAACCUCACUAACAACUUUAACAACGCCCUACGCGAAACCAUUGAUAGUAUAGCACCGCUGAAGUUAAAAAAGGCUCCAAAAAGGCGUACGCCAUGGUUUACUGAAGAAACUAGAGCUCAGAAAUUAUUAUGUAGAAAGCUGGAACGCAAAUGGCGCACGACUAAACUUGAGGUGCACCAUCAAGCAUGGAGUGAUAGUUUAAUAACUUAUAAACGCAUGCUUACCUUAGCUAAAACUAAUUAUUACUCAAAUCUCAUCCGCAUUAAUAAAAACGAUCCAAAAUUUUUGUUUAGUACAGUAGCAUCGCUAACCCAACAAGGGACUCCUUCCAGUAGCUCCACCCAUUCGGCAGAUGACUUUAUGAAGUUCUUUAAUAAAAAAAAUUGAACUUAUUAGAAAGGAGAUUAAAGACAAUGCGUCCCAGCUACAACGGGGUUAUAGUAACACAGAUACGAUUGUAUAUACGGCGGAUACUGCAAAUAUCCAAAAUAGUUUCUCUCGUUUUGAUGAAAUAACAUUAGAAGGAUUGUUACAACGUGUAAAUGGAAUAAAACAAACAACAUGUUUACUUGACCCACUUCCUGGGAAACUUAUCAAGGAGCUUUUUGUAUUAUUAGGUCCAUCAGUGCUAAAUAUUAUAAACUUAUCACUUUCCUCGGGCACUGUUCCCGUUGCAUUCAAAAAAGCGGUUAUUCAUCCUCUCCUUAAAAGACCUAACCUCGAUCCUGACCUCAUGGUAAACUACCGACCGGUGUCUCACCUUCCCUUUAUUUCGAAAAUCCUCGAAAAAAUUGUUGCAGAGCAGCUAAAUGAGCACUUAGCGUUUAACAAUCUAUGUGAAACCUUUCAAUCCGGUUUCAGGGCAAAUCACUCGACUGAGACAGCCCUCGCAAAAUUGACUAAUGAUCUAUUGCUAACGAUGGACUCUGAUGCGUCAUCUAUGUUGCUGCUCCUCGAUCUUAGCGCUGCUUUCGAUACCGUCGAUCAUAAUAUUUUAUUAGAGCGUAUCAAAAUACGAAUUGGUAUGUCAGACUCAGCUCUGUCAUGGUUUAACUCUUAUCUUACUGAUAGGAUGCAGUGCGUCUCCUAUAACAGUGUGACCUCGGACUAUGUUAAGGUAACGUGUGGAGUUCCCCAGGGUUCGGUCCUUGGCCCUGUACUCUUCAGCAUCUACAUGCUGCCGCUAGGUGACGUCAUACGCAAAUACGGUAUUAGCUUUCACUGUUAUGCCGAUGACACCCAACUUUACAUGCCCCUAAAGCUGACCAACACGCCGGACUGUAGUCAGUUGGAAGCGUGUCUUAAUUAAAUUAAACAAUGGAUGUCCGCUAACUUUUUGCAACUUAAUGCCAAAAAAACGGAAAUGCUGAUUAUCGGUCCUGCUAGACACCGACCUCUAUUUAAUAAUACAACUUUAACAUUUGACAACCAAAUAAUAAAACAAGGUGACUCUGUAAAAAAUCUGGGUAUUAUCUUCGACCCAACUCUCUCCUUUGAGUCACACAUUAAAAGCGUUACUAAAACGGCCUUCUUUCAUCUCCGUAAUAUCGCUAAAAUUCGCUCCAUUUUGUCCACUAAAGACGCCGAGAUCAUUAUCCAUGCGUUUGUUACGUCUCGUCUUGAUUACUGUAACGUAUUAUUUUCGGGUCUCCCCAUGUCUAGCAUUAAAAGAUUACAGUUGGUACAAAAUGCGGCUGCUAGACUUUUGACAAGAACAAGAAAGUUUGAUCAUAUUACGCCUGUACUGGCUCACCUGCACUGGCUUCCUGUGCACUUAAGAUGUGACUUUAAGGUUUUACUACUUACGUAUAAAAUACUACACGGUCUAGCUCCAGCCUAUCUUGCCGAUUGUAUUGUACCGUAUGUCCCGGCAAGAAAUCUGGGUUCAAAAGACUCCGGCUUAUUAGUGAUUCCUAGAGCUCAAAAAAAGUCUGCGGGCUAUAGAGCGUUUUCCGUUCGGGCUCCAGUACUCUGGAAUGCCCUCCCGGUAACAGUUCGAGAUGCUACCUCAGUAGAAGCAUUUAAGUCUCAUCUUAAAACUCAUCUGUAUACUCUAGCCUUUAAAUAGACCUCCUUUUUAGACCAGUUGAUCUGCCGCUUCUUUUCUUUCUCCUAUGUCCCCCCCUCCCUUGUGGAGGGGGUCCGGUCCGAUGACCAUGGAUGAAGUACUGACUGUCCAGAGUCGAGACCCAGGAUGGACCGCUCGUCGGGACCCAGGAUGGACCGCUCGCCUGUAUCGCUUGGGGACAUCUCUACGCUGCUGAUCCGCUUGAGAUGGUUUCCUGUGGACGGGACUCUCACUGCUGUCUUGGAGCCACUAUGGAUUGAACUUUCACAGUAUCAUGUUAGACCCGCUCGACAUCCAUUGCUUUCGGUCCCCUAGAGGGGGGGGGGUUGCCCACAUCUGAGGUCCUCUCCAAGGUUUCUCAUAGUCAGCAUUGUCACUGGCGUCCCACUGAAUGUGAAUUCUCCCUGCCCACUGGGUGUGAGUUUUCCUUGCCCUUUUGUGGGUUCUUCCGAGGAUGUUGUAGUCGUAAUGAUUUGUGCAGUCCUUUGAGACAUUUGUGAUUUGGGGCUAUAUAAAUAAACAUUCAUUCAUUCAUUCA